AUGGCAGCCGGUAUCAGGUGGUUGUGUCUUGUGUCUGGCAUUGCUGGUCUGUGUCUGCUGGUAAACGUCGUCAUGCUCGCAGACCGGAACCAGAACUCAGACCGGAGCUCAGAGAGUGAGUACCGCAGCCGCCAGAUGAGGGACACCUCCCGUACGGAUACCCCAGACAAACCCAUGUGUCUGAACUAUGUAAUAGGCAGCGACCGAAGCUACGUCAUCGACGGGUUGUCCAGCCGGCGCGAGAAGGUCAUCACGUACGAGAAGUGCGAGCACGUGCUGACCAAAGCGCUCAAGGUCAACCGGAACCUGAGUCUCGAGGUGGGCGUGGCCAGGGACAUGCUGACCUUACUGUCCGAGCCUGCGGUCCACGAGCACAGUUUCCGGUACCUCUACAAGCCGACGUGCGGCAACUCCACCGUGGACCUCCUCCUUGCUGUCACUUCCGACAUCGACAACUUCAGCCGCAGACAAAAUGCCAGACAAAUUAUCACCGGGGAUUUGCAGAAGAAAACUGGAAUCAGGUGUAAGAUGAUUUUUUUUAUCGGUAAAAUGUCCCAGAACUUAAGUGAUAGUCACGUGGUGAAUCAGAUCGAAAACGAGGCUAAACAACACGGCGACAUUGUACAGGAGAGCUACGAAGACGUUUUUAAAAACAUCCGUGUCAAGGUAACGUCAAUGCUGAAAUGGACAUCCACGUAUUGCGGUAAAGCUAAAUACGUCAUCAAAAUGAACGAUGACGUCGAUUUGGAUGUACCAGCACUCUACGCGGCAUUGAAAAACGCCAGAAGAAAUUCGGAACAUUUUAUUUUGGGACAUAUUCGUCUCAACAUGAAACCCAUUCGUGACGUCAAACACAUGUGGUACAUAUCGAAACAAGAGUACCCCGACUCCACAUUUCCGGCUUUCUUAAACCGGAAGUUGUUCGGACUUCCGGUGCCCACGGCGAAGCUGCUGUACCAGGUGGUCCUGAGAACGAAACCCAUCUGGUUGGACGACGUCUACGUCACCGGCUUGUGUCCAGCCCGAGCCAACAUCACGUUACUCGACUCAGCUGAAUUCCGUACCCAGAUGUAUCGUAAUUCAACCUCGCUAAGAUCGAAGUUUAGCCUAAGCUCAAGGACUAACAAGAACCCCAAUUGAGAAGAUCAGUGCACAAUUUUAGAUUGAGCUCACAAACUCACAAUAAACCCAAUGUGAAGAUCAAGCCAAACAUUUAGCUUGAGCUUAACUUGAGCUUGAGGCAUCACAUGUAAGGCGAUGUCAAGGUUAGCUCCAGAUACUGCUGGUCAGUUCUGUUAAGGCUGUUA